AUGGGUGCAUUGCUCAGUUAUAAGUGUUAUAGAAAAGAUUUUGAAUGGAACUGCACUGUUUAUAGAAAUAUCAAUGUAUAUUCUGGCCUAGAUGUACCUGUUCAUGUUCAUCUAUUUUACUGGUGCUUGGUUCUCUUGUGUUGUAUGUUUUACUUAAAAGGUGCUACUCCAUUGUUUGUAUUACUUGCUGUCAUUAACGUUAAAAUGCUGAAGCUUUCUGUGGAUCAUCUGAUUAUAAUGGAUUCUCCUAUAGAUCCAAAGGCUCUGCCUGCACCUCCACCUGCACCUCCGCCUGCACCUCCACCUGAGAUCCCUCUAAAUAUAGAACGUGAGGAACUUAAACCAGAACCUGGUCCUGAGGAGAAUAAAAAGAUUUUGAAGCCUAAACGUGUCCCUAUGACUAGGCGUGGUGCUGGUACUAAAGGACAAAGAUUACCUCUUCUUUGUAAUCAUUUCAAAGCCAAUAUUGCUGGUGCUAGUGGCCACUUUUAUGAGUACAGUGUAAGCUUAUUUUAUGGGGAUGGUCAUCCUUUUGAAACAAAGGGAAUUGGAAGAAGGGUAAUUGAUAAAGUUCAGGAGACUUAUAACAAAGAUCUUGCUGGGAAAUACUUUGCUUAUGAUGGAGAAAAGAGUUUAUUUACAUUUGGUGCCCUCCCAAACAACAAAAUGGCAUUCUCUGUUUUACUUGACAAUCUCUCAUUGAAUAGAACUACUAGAAAUGAUAGUCCUGGUUGCAAUGGGAGUCCUAAUGAUAGUGAUAGGAAGAGAAGGUGAGUAUCACAGUCCAAAACAUUUAAAGUAGAGAUCAGCUUUGCUGCCAAAAUCCCUAUGACAGCAAUUGCAGCUGCUUUACGUGGGCAAGAGUCAGAAAAUUCCCAAGAGGUGCUAAGGGUCUUAGACAUCGUCUUAAGACAGCAUGCAGCCAAACAAGGCUGCCUUCUCGUACGCCAGUCAUUCUUUCAUAAUGAUAACAAUUUCACAGGCUUGGGUGGUGGUAUUCUUGGUUGCAGGGGCUUUCAUACAAGUUUCCAAACCACGCAAGGUGGAUUAUCGCUAAAUGUUGAUGGAACAACUACAACAGUAGUUCAGCCUGGGCCACUAAUUGAUUUUCUCAUUGCCAACCAAAAUGUGAAAGAUCCAUAUCAGCUUGACUGGGCCAAGGUUAAACUUUUGAUCAGAAAUUUGAGGAUAACAGUUGGGCCCAACAAUUAAGAAUAUAGAAUCACUGGACUGAGUGAUAAUAAUUGCAAAGACCAGAUGUUCUCACUGAAAUCAAAAGUAAAUGGUGAUAAUGAAGGUGUUGAUAUAACGGUUUUUGAUUAUUUUGUUAAUCAUCAUGGCAUAAAUUUACGCUAUUCUGGAGACUUGCCCUGUAUCAAUGUUGGCAGACCAAAGUGGCCUACUUACAUUCCCGUUGAGCUCUGCAUGCUGCUUCCCUUACAAUGCUAUACAAAGGCAUUAACUGUUUCCCAAAGAUCUUCCCUAGUGGAAAAAUCACGACAGAAGCCCCAAGAAAAGAUAAAGAUCUUAACUGAAGUGCUGAAAGGCAACAAAUAUGAUUCUGAACCAAUGCUGCGUUCUUGUGGCAUUUCAAUCAACUCGCAUUUUACUCAAGUUGAAGGCCGCAUUUUAUCUGCCCCAAGGUUGAAGGCAGGAAAUGGGGAGGAUGUCAUUCCUAGAAAUGGGCGGUGGAGCUUUAACAAUAAGAAAUUUGUACAACCUGCUGCUAAAAUUGAUCGCUGGGCGGUGGUAAACUUUUCUGCUUGUUGUGAUAUACGCAGCCUUUGCAGAGAUUUGGCAAAAUUUGGAGAAAUGAAAGGUAUUGUGAGAGAACCCUCAGCUUCACCACCUCUUGUUUGGAUAGAAAAGAUGUUUGAACAGAUAAAGCCAAAGUUUGCCGGUGGUCCUCCUCACUUCCUUCUAUGCCUUCUCUCUGAUCGGAAGAAUUCUGAAAUUUAUGGUUGCUGGAAAAAAAAUCUUGUGGAAUUCGGAAUUUUCAAUCAAUGCCUAUCACCAAACAGAGUUAAUGAGCAGUAUCUUACAAAUUUGCUCUUGAAGAUAAAUGCCAAGCUUGGUGGAUUGAAUUCAAUGUUAGCUAUUGAGCAGUCGAGAAGUCUCCCUUUGGUUUCUAAGGUUCCCACAAUUAUUUUUGGGAUGGAUGUCUCACAUGGUUCCCUAGGCCACUCUGAUGUGCCAUCUAUAGCUGCAGUAGUCAGCUCUAGGGAUUGGCCGUUACUUUCUCGAUAUAGAGCUUCUGUUUGAAGCCAGUCACUGAAGCUUGAGAUGAUUGGUUCCCUAUUUAAGCCCCAUCCAGAAAAGGGUGAUGCUGGGGUAGUCAGAGAGCUGUUGCUUGACCUCUAUCAGAGUUCAGGACAAGUGAAACCUCCCCAGAUAAUCAUAUUCAGGGAUGGAGUAAGCGAGUCUCAGUUUAAUCAAGUACUUAACAUUGAGCUAGAGCAAAUCAUCAAGGCCUGCAAGUUCCUUGAUGAAAGUUGGUCUCCCAAGUUUACUGUAAUUGUUGCACUAAAAAAUCAUAACACGAAACUUUUCCAAGCUAGAUCACUAGACAAUGUUCCUCCAGGAACGGUUGUUAAUAACAGCGUUUGUCACCCGACAAGGAAUGAUUUCUACAUGUGUGCUCAUGCUGGGAUGAUGGGCACAACAAGGCCAUCAAACUACCAUAUUCUUUUAGAUGAGAACGGUUUUUCAGUUGAUGAAUUACAGGAAUUAGUUCAUUCUCUUUGCUAUGUUUACCAGAGAAGCACAACUGCAAUAUCUAUUGUUGCUCCCAUCUGCUACGCCCACUUGGCAGCUUCUCAGGUUUCGCAAUUCAUGAAGUUUGAUGAGACGUUGGAUACAUCUUUGAGUCACGGAGGUCUUACUGCUCCUGGAUCUUCCCCAGUACCUGAGCUGCCAGUGUUGCCCGACAAUGUAUGCAGGUCCAUGUUUUUCUGGCUGAAUAUGGUGAAACGCAAACGGGACUAACAUCAUAGUUAGGCUUUUACCAUGUUAAUUUUGGAACAACAGAAUGUAUUUUGAAAUUCUAAGCAGUGGUAUAUUUAUCUAUGGCAUUAUUAUGCUUAUGCUGACAAUAGACUUAAACAUAAAUAUAUGUUUGGUACAUGUUGAAUGUGUAAUUA